AUGACUCCACGGUUCAUCAAGGCACGAACAUCCUCUAGAGUUGAAAGACAGCAUGCCUGGGACUCAACUGGUCUUGCUGGAGUCUUUAUCGUUCCUCCCAACUCACCCCUGCAGUACCCCUCCCACGGCCUAACUGUGGAACCCCUGAAGAGCACUCUGAUUCCAGGGUUGGCUGUGCAUGCUCGUGGAAGGAAUACUUUCAAGGUGACCCUCUGUGCAUCCCAUGGUGUCCUGGAAGUGAAGAGUGUUCAACAGGGACAGGAAGUGACAGGGCAGAAGCAGAUGGCACUGAAUAUCACCGCCACUAGCCUGGCUCAACUUAAUAACCUACUGGCACAGCUGGCCUACCGAAGCACCAGUUACCUCUUGCAAAUGGAGGACUUGAUCCACUUCUCUUUUGAGGACCACGAGGUUAUUUUUCCAGUCACAAUCAAGAGGUCUUUGAUUCCUGUUAUGUACGAUCCAGGCUCAGAUAUUAAUUCUCAGGUAACCAUAGUCACCAAGACAUUCAUCAGAUACAAGGAGCUUGGGAUAUUGAUCAAAAGUAUCAGGGCAAAAUACCCGGAUAUCCUCAUCAUCAUUGCAGACGACAGCUUCAAGCCAGAGAAAGUGGAGGGUCACAACAUUUACCAGUACAUCAUGCCUCCUGCUCAGGGCUGGUUUGCAGGCCGAAACUUGGCCGUCUCCCAGGUGACCAGCAAGUACUUCCUGUGGGUAGAUGAUGACUUCCUCUUCCUGAAGGAGACCAGCAUUGAGAAGUUUGUGGAGAUCAUGGAGGCAGAGCCAAAGUUGGAUCUGCUGGGGGGCUCUGUGUCAGGAAACCGGUUCUACGCUACUCUAGAUUACCAGGAGGGCAAGGAAGGAGGGUGUCUGUCCCGGCAGCUGAGCAAGCAUCAUGGCCAGCUGCCUGGUUUCAAGAACUGUGUGCUGGUGGACGCGGUGGUUAACUUCUUCCUGGCUAGGACAGAUGCCGUACGCAGGGUUGGGUUCGACCCCCAUUUGAAGCGGACUGCCCACUCCGAGUUCUUCGUAGAUGGCCUUGGGCGUCUACUGGUGGCAUCCUGUGGGCACCUGGUGAUUGGUCACCAAGGCCACCAACCAAACCGUGGACAAUACGACCAGUUCCGCCACACUCCACAUGAUGAUAUGACCACCAAAAGUCACCUGACUUACUUCAAGAAUUAUCGCAAUUGUUAA